UUUCCGUGUAAAGGCAACCACCCACAGAAGUUUCAGUCCUCUCAUAUAUAUGACCAAAUAAGAUUUGCCUUAAACCAAUUUGAAACAAUACAAUAUGGCAAAGAAAUCUAUCAUACUUAUUGUGACCCUAGUCAUCGCAUUGGGAUGCAACAUCGAAGAGGCUGCAGCGAGAGACGUAAAGCUAGUGAAACUCCGCGAUGUAAACCCCGAAACAUUGACAACAUUAAAAGGAGAAGAAGAAAAAGAACUCAUAAACGACAAACUUACAAAAGAAAUUGAGAAUGCAAAGAAAUUGCUGGGAGAGUUGAAAACAUUGAAGAAGGAAUCAAAAGAUGAUAUGAAAGAGGAGUUGAGUUCUUUAGUGAAAUCUGAAUCGCUACUUAACGAAAUGUCGGAUACUCUGAAGAACGGAACGUGCAACGCAAACAAAGCUACCAUAUUUGUUGAGAAAGAAUCAUUUUUCUACAGAGCAUGGAAGGAGAAUGCAUAUCAUUCUGUGGUUCCAGAGAAGGAGAAAGAGUUUAUGUCUACGAUUAAACGCAUUAUUAAGCUGUUGAAGAAAACUUAAAGUGUAAAUUUAUGAUAUUAUCAAUGGUUUGGUGCGUAACAAUUUUUCCUAAUUAGUAGUUCAUUACACUGUUUUUUUUGUAAGCGUAUCCAAGUUGUGUUUGGUCGGCAAUACUGAA